CCCCGCCCGCGUCAGCUCUGCGCGGUGAUUCACUCCCUCCUUCGCCCCGGGGCCCCCUUCCCGGCCAGACAGCGGGCAAGACGGCUGGGUGUGCAGCGUCCUCGAACCCACGAGCAAGCGAGCAAAUCCUCCGAGGCCCCAGGGACUCUAGCCCAUGCCAUGGCGGAUUCUGAGCGCCUCUCGGCCCCCGGCUGCUGGGCCGCCUGCACCAACUUCUCGCGCACCCGAAAGGGAAUCCUCCUGUUUGCUGAGAUUAUAUUAUGCCUUGUGAUCCUGAUCUGCUUCAGUGCCUCCACACCAGGCUACUCCUCCCUGUCGGUAGUUGAGAUGAUCCUUGCUGCUAUUUUCUUUGUUGUCUACAUGUGUGACCUGCACAGCAAGAUACCAUUCAUCAACUGGCCCUGGAGUGAUUUCUUCCGAACCCUCAUAGCUGCGAUCCUCUACCUGAUCACCUCCAUUGUUGUCCUCGUUGAGAGAGGAAACCACUCCAAAAUCGUCGCAGGGGUACUGGGCCUAAUCGCUACAUGCCUCUUUGGCUAUGAUGCCUAUGUCACCUUCCCCUUUCGGCAGCCAAGACAUACAGCAGCCCCCACUGACCCCGCAGAUGGCCCGGUGUAGGCGAACUCCCCUCAUUUCUCUCUUCAGUCUGCAAAUAACUCCUCCAUUGAAAUACACCUUUCCAUCCCCACAACAUUCCCAGCCAAUGAAUUCCCACCCCCUCAUUGAGGUAAAAGUGCCUAUAUUGGGAGGCUUUUGUCUUCUAGCCUGCCAAUCAACCCUCCUGGGUGUGGCCACCAUUAUGCUUGUGCCUAGGUCCUCCUUCGGCAGGAUCCAAUAGGAGAUACCAGUUCUGCCUGAACCAUGCCCCCACCUAAGUCGUAAAAUGAGGGAAGAGGGAGACUUAGAUUUCAGAGUCCAGGCCCCAGGUUGUGACCCACUCCAAAUAAUCUCCUCCGUGUGGGUGGUGGUUCUGUAGAGGGAUAAAUAAUAAACAUAUUGUUAAAAUAUA